AUGGAAAACAACACCUCAUAUUCAAUGAUCUCGUAUUCACACACCCAACCAUUCCAACACCCCGAACAACACCCACCACAAACAACAUCCGACGAAGGUACAACUUUGGAAUAUCUCCAUAACUGCGCGCCUUUUGUAGCGAAGUUAUAUUCCCUUAUUAAUUCCCCUGAAACGAAUGCAUUGAUCGGGUGGUCAGAAGCGUAUAAAGGAACAGCUAUUCUUAUUAACGACUCGAUCACAUUCUCACAUGAAAUCCUCCCAAAACACUUCAAACACUCGAAUAUAGCGUCGUUUGUUAGACAACUCAAUAUUUAUGGAUUCCACAAAGUCGACAAUAAAGAGGGCCUCUGCUUUAAACACGAAUUCUUCCAACGAGACCACCCAGAACUCUUACAAAAGAUUAAGCGUAAGAAGAAUAAAAAGGACAUCCUCUCCCCUCAACAACAGGCUAAGGAAAUUAUUGAUGUCAUUAAACAAGAAGAGACAGAUCCGUUCUUAAAUGUGGCGUCUCUCAGACUCGAUUUGGGUAAGGUCCAAAACCAAGUCGAGGAAAUUAAAAACGAACUGCAAGACGGGAAGAUGAAGUGGGCACUACUCUCGAGGAGAAUCGACCAACUGGACCAACUCUUUAAUAUGCUCUAUUCAAACUUCAGCGGAAUGCAGGCUAACACACAAAUGCAAAACAUCGGCUACUCGUCGGCUGCAGCACUCUACCAGAACCAAAGGAGGCAGAACGACGUGCCCGAUGAAAGCCACCACACCCUUUGA